AUGGGAUGUCAUGACAAUUACCAAAGAAUAGGAGCAGAGACAGAUCUCGAGCUUGCUAUUCAACAGUAUCAACAGGCUCUUGAGGCAACACCAGAAGAUCAUCCAAAGCGGGCCCAUCGGCUUCAAUCUCUUGGAAUCGGAUAUCGUGAUAGAUACCAGAGAACAGGAGCAGAGAAAGAUCUUGAGCUUGCUAUCCAACAAUUCCAACAGGCUCUUAAGGCAACACCAGAAGAUCAUCCAGACCGGGCCCGUCGGCUUGAAUCUCUUGGAAUCGGAUAUAGUGAUAGAUAUGAGAGAACAGGAGCAGAGACAGAUCUCGAACUUGCUAUUCAACAAUUCCAACAGGCUCUUGAGGCAACACCAGAGGAUCAUCUAGACCGGGCCUAUCGGCUUUAUUCUCUUGGAAUGGGAUAUCGUGUUAGAUACGAGAGAACAGGAGCAGAGACAGAUCUUGAGCUUGCUAUCCAACAAUUUCAACAGGCUCUUGAGGCAACACCAGAGGAUCAUCCAGACCGUGCCGGUUGGCUUCAAUCUCUUGGAAUCGGAUAUCGUGAUAGAUACCAGAGAACAGGAGCAGAGACAGAUCUCGAGCUUGCUAUUCAACAGUAUCAACAGGCUCUUGAGGCAACGCCAAUCAACCAUCCUGAUCGGAACACUUGGCUUCAUUUUCUCGGAAUGGGAUGUCAUGACAAUUACCAAAGAAUAGGAGCAGAGACAGAUCUCGAGCUUGCUAUUCAACAGUAUCAACAGGCUCUUGAGGCAACACCAGAAGAUCAUCCACAUCGGGCCGGUCGGCUUGAAUCUCUUGGAAUCGGAUAUCGUUAUAGAUACCAGAGAACAGGAGCAGAGACAGAUCUCGCGCUUGCUAUUCAACAAUAUGAUGGUGCGUUACGCCAUCCUUCAUCUCCUGUCCUAGAUCGUCUAAGGCCCGGCGUUCAUCUACUCAAAUUACACGCUGAAGCAGGAAAUUGGUCCUCAGCACAUCAAAUCGCAUGUAUCUUAACAUCUAUGAUUGCUCAGCUCACACCUCACUCUUUGGAUGUCUCAGAUAAACAAUAUUUGCUCGCUGAGUUUAGUGGACUAGCUUCAGAUGCAGCCGCAGCUACCUUGAUAGCAGGAGAAACGCCUUAUGAGGCGUUGCAACUUCUAGAGCUUGGACGCGGGGUCAUCAUGGGCUCUAUUAAUGAAAUGCGUGCCGAUAUCUCCAACCUUCUACAGCAACAUCCUCUCUUAGGAGAAGAAUAUAUCAAGCUACGGGAUCAAAUCAAUGCUCCAACCCGACACCUUGAUCAACUUGGUAUACGAACAGUGAUAGCGCAUCACGUGAACCAACGUUAUAGCGCGAACCAGAAACUAGACGUAAUAAUGCAGACUAUAAGGAGCUUGCCAGGCUUUGAUAGAUUUCUCAUGGCCCCAUCCGAGGACGAGUUUAAAGUUGCUGCCACCUUAGGGCCGAUCGUCAUUAUCAAUAUUAGCACUUUCCGAUGCGAUGCAUUAAUAGUGGAGAAACACGAGAUACACGCUAUACCACUCCCCUAUCUAAAGAAGAGUGAUAUUCAAGUCCGUGAGGCGGCUCUAGCGAGACCAGAAGCGCUAGAUUCGCAAUUGUUAGAAUGGCUAUGGGAGGCAAUCGCCAAUCCAGUCCUCAAUGCUCUGGGACUCAUGCGAAUUCCUGAUGGCAGUUUACCUCGGAUCUGGUGGAUUCUGACUGGGCCUCUCGCCAAAUUCCCAAUCCACGCAGCAGGGUAUCAUUACCAAGGGUCUGAUACUGUCCUGGACCGAGCGAUUUCAUCCUAUAGCUCUUCUGUCAGAGCGCUCUUGCAAAGCCGCCAGAGACGCUCUCCUCCUGUAGUGGAACGUGGCUCUAGGAAAGCCGUUCUAGUUGGUAUGGAGAAAACGCCGGGUCUCAAGGAUCUUCCAUUUGUGCCGUUAGAGAUGGACAAGCUAGGGUGCCUUUAUGGCCUUUUGAAUCUCCAAAUCUGCCAGCCUGCGCCUUGCCGAGAAGAUGUCCUAUCUGCUUUGAAUGACUGCAUUAUAUUCCACUUUGCUGGUCACGGAGAGACCGACCAGCAAGAUCCAGCGAAAAGCUCUUUAAUUCUAGACGAUGGGCCACUAGCAGUGGCGGAUCUCUUCGAAACUAAUCUUCACAAUCGCAAACCAUUUCUUGCCUACCUCUCAGCAUGUGGAACUGGACAAAUCAAACAUGAUGCACUCAUCGACGAGGCACUUCAUCUGAUUGCUGCUUAUCAGAUUGCUGGAUUUCGGCAUGUUAUUGGGACUCUAUGGGAGGUGAACGACAAAACAUGUGUCGAUGCUGCAACUAUACUCUACAGUUGUGUGCAAGAACGAAAUAUGACCGACGCUUCCGUCAGUGAAGGUCUUCACCGCGCAAGCAUCAAACUUCGUGAAAUAUGGAUUUCAGAAAACACAACGAGAGCAGCUAAUCGAAUGGCAAUCCUACCAGACGAAGAUUCUCCAAUGACGACGAAGCCAGUACGAUCAUACCAAGGUGAGGAAAGAGAUUCGAGGACAGCAGAAUUGUACGAAGAGCUGCCAUUAAAUUGGGUUCCAUAUGUUCAUUUCGGGAUGUAA